AUGCUUAUGAUUAGCUUGCUGCUUUGUUCAAGUGUAAGGUCCCAACUGACCACCGAUUUCUAUUCGAAAACAUGUCCGACUCUUCCUUCAAUCGUGCGGAGACAAGUUCAAAGUGCGAUCAAGACGGAGAUGCGAAUGGCGGCGUCUCUCCUCCGGCUUCAUUUCCAUGACUGCUUUGUGAAUGGUUGUGAUGCUUCGGUUUUGUUGGACGGAGACAAUACUACCGAGAAGUUUUCGGCCGCUAACGUGAACUCAGCAAGAGGAUUCGAAGUUGUUGAUGCGAUAAAAACAGCCGUAGAGAACACGUGCAGUGGAGUUGUAUCGUGCGCUGAUAUAUUAGCCAUCGCUUCUCGUGACUCUGUUCUAUUAAGCGGAGGACCGACAUGGAAAGUUUUAUUAGGACGGAGAGACGGAACGGUUUCUAGCGCGGCACAAGCGAAUGCAGCACUUCCUUCUCCAUUCGAGGCCCUGGAUCAAAUCAUUCAAAAGUACACCAAUGUUGGCCUCAACAUAACUGAUGUAGUUUCAUUAUCAGGUGCCCAUACCAUUGGAUUAGCAAAGUGUUCCACCUUCGACAACAGGUUAUUCAACUUCUCUGGAACCGGUGCACCCGACAGUACGAUCGAAAUGAGCAUGUUAGCCGAUCUGCAAAGCUUCUGUCCGGCUAAUGGCGACAGGAACAGAUUCACCGCUCUCGAUCGGAACUCGACUGAUCUAUUCGACAACCAUUAUUUCAAGAACUUGGUCAAUGGGAAGGGUCUGUUAGGCUCGGAUCAGAUUCUGUAUUCGAGUGAUUUGGCGGCUUCGACGACGAAAAGCCUAGUCGAAAGAUACAGCCAAGAUUCGAAGCUUUUCUUAAAUGACUUCGUCAACUCCAUGAUCAAGAUGGGGAACAUCAGUCCACUUACAGGGUCUAAUGGAGAGAUUAGGAAGAAUUGCAGGGCCGUUAAUUCUUAGUUUGCUUUAUACACCAGUUUAUGUAAUCUUCUGUGUGUUAGCUAUAUAUCAGGUUUAACUCUAAAAUCAUUAUAAUUA